AUGGUGCCCUCCCAGGAGGAGCCGGCCGCCGCGCGGGGGACGAGCGAGGCGCAGCCGCCCGGCCCUGCGCCCCCAGGGGCCGCUCCGCUGCCCGGCCCGGGACCCUUGGAUGGCCCGGAGGCGGCGGGGGCCGAGAAGGUGGAGGUAGAGCUGGCGGGGCCGGCGGGGCCGGCGGGCGCUGAGCCCCUUGAGCCCCCUGAGGGCGGCUGGGGUUGGCUGGUGAUGCUGGCGGCCAUGUGGUGCAACGGGUCGGUGUUCGGCAUCCAGAACGCCUGCGGGGUGCUCUUCGUGUCCAUGCUGAAGACCUUCGGGUCCAAGGACGAUGACAAGAUGGUCUUCAAGACAGCAUGGGUAAGUUCUCUCUCCAUGGGGAUGAUUUUCUUCUGCUGCCCAAUCGUCAGCGUCUUCACAGACGUGUUUGGUUGCCGGAGAACAGCUGUCGUGGGUGCUGCUGUUGGAUUUGUUGGACUCAUGUCAAGUUCUUUUGUAAGCUCCAUCGAGCCUCUGUACCUGACCUAUGGAAUCAUAUUUGCCUGUGGCUGCUCCUUUGCCUACCAGCCUUCAUUGGUCAUUUUGGGACACUAUUUCAAGAAGCGCCUUGGACUGGUGAAUGGCAUUGUCACCGCUGGCAGCAGUCUCUUCACAAUCUUGCUGCCUUUCCUUUUAAGGGUGCUGACUGACAGCGUGGGCCUCUUCUAUACCCUGAGGGUCCUCUGCAUCUUCAUGUUUGUUCUCUUUCUGGCUGGCUUUACUUACCGACCUCUUGCUUCCAGUGCCAAAGAUAAAGACAGUGGAACCAAAGGAGGCAACAGAUUCUCCCUCUUUUCCAGGAGAAAGUUCAGUCCUCCAAAAAAAAUUUUCAAUUUUGCCAUCUUCAAGGUGACAGCGUAUGCAGUGUGGGCAGUUGGAAUACCACUUGCACUUUUUGGAUACUUUGUGCCUUAUGUUCACUUGAUGAAAUAUGUGAAUGAAAGGUUUCAAGAUGAGAAAAAUAAAGAGGUGGUUCUCAUGUGCAUCGGCAUCACUUCAGGGGUUGGACGGCUGCUCUUCGGCCGGAUUGCAGAUUAUGUGCCUGGUGUGAAGAAAGUUUAUCUACAGGUCCUGUCCUUUUUCUUCAUUGGUCUGAUGUCCAUGAUGAUUCCCCUGUGCAGCGUCUUUGGGGCCCUCAUUGCUGUCUGUCUCAUCAUGGGUCUCUUCGAUGGAUGCUUCAUUUGCAUUAUGGCCCCCAUUGCCUUUGAGUUAGUUGGUGCCCAGGAUGUCUCACAAGCGAUUGGAUUUCUACUCGGAUUCAUGUCUAUACCCAUGACUGUGGGCCCACCCAUUGCAGGGUUACUCCGUGACAAGCUGGGCUCCUAUGAUGUGGCAUUCUACCUCGCUGGAAUCCCUCCCCUUAUUGGAGGUGCUGUCCUUUGUUUAAUCCCAUGGAUCCAUAGUAAGAAGCAAAGAGAGAUCAAUAAAACCACUGGAGGAGAAAAGAUGGAGAAAAUGUUGGAGAACCAGAACUCUCUGUUGUCAAGCUCAUCUGGAAUCUUUAAGAAGGAAUCUGACUCUGUUAUUUAA